AUGGAUGCGGUUAAUCUACGUCGCAAGGACACCACUAAGGGUCCGCCGCUACGAAUUCUUUCUCUCGAUGGAGGCGGUGUCCGCGGCUACUCCAUGCUCAUCAUCCUCCAGGAACUCAUGUACCGGACGUACGUCGAAUGCGAAGGCAAGCCACCGCGCCGCGACCAGAUUCCCAAGCCCUGCGAUCACUUCGACCUGAUUGCCGGCACCGGCACGGGCGGCUUGAUCGCCAUCAUGCUGGGCCGCCUUCGACUCGAUCUCGAGACCUGCAAAGAGGUAUAUGUUCGCAUGACACGGAGAGUCUUCGAGACGGACAAAACCAUCGCCGGUAUUCCUUAUCGCUCGACGCUUUUCAAGGCCUCCAAGCUCGAGGAGGCGAUCCGGGAAUGCGUGCGGGAACACACUGUCUUCGAGGCUGAGGGCAACGACCAGCCCAACGCCAGCAACCCUCGAGCAUCCAUUGCGAGUCUUCCGUACAGCCCGGGCUCUGUCCCGCAGCGUUCCAUCAGCCGGGGUAGUUUCAGUACGUCGGCGAUGUCACACCCCCAGAGCCCGGCGAGCCAAAGAGGCUCCACCUUCCUGAACGGCCUGCGUUGGGGAAACCCGGAGGCACUGCUAUACGACAACCGAGAAUUUCGGACCAAGACUGCUGUGACUGCGCUUUACAAGGGCACCCAGCGCAAUGGGCCCGCCGUGCUGCUGCGCUCCUACGACUCUCGCCGCGAACCGCCACCCGAGUUCGACUGCACUAUCUGGCAAGCUGGCCGCGCCACUUCAGCUACCGGGCUUGCUUUCAAGCCCAUCCAGAUUGGCCAGCACGUGUUUAUCGACGAAGGACCCGGAACUUAUAACCCGGCACCACAGAUUCUCGAGGAAGCCGUUGCUAAUGAGUGGCCCGGUCGGGAAGUCGGAGUGUUCAUCAGUGUUGGAACUGGCCGACGGCCGUCUGGCACGAACAACCGACAGCAUGAAUGGUGGGAGGACUUCUUCGGCUCCGCCACGGGCACGUUCGCCGAGGCGCGGCGACGACUCAUCUCGAAGAUCGAGGGCUGCGAAGAUAUUCACCUGGAAAUGCUGCGGGAUACGCUCGCCAAGCGCGGGGUUCCCACGGACAACUACUACCGGUUCAACGUCGAGGUUGGCGUGGGUGAGUUCGGCAUGAAUGAGUGGAACCGACUGGCCGACAUCAGCACCAAUACCCGGCGCUAUCUGGCGAAGUCGGAGGUCAAGAAGAUGAUCCUGGACUCAGGCGUCAAGUUUGCCAAGAUCGACCGCAUGAACAAGCGUCUCGCCGAGCAUGCCGCAGCCGGUGGUGACCGCGACGACCUGUCAUUUGACCUGGAGCGCGAGGAGAUCUCCGUCCACUCGCAGAAUGCGCCGUCCUACUCUGUGCCUCCACCAUCGAAUCAAUUCGCGGUCGAACUCCCCGCCGAGCCAGUCGAAUACUUCCCCCACCCACCAACACGGGCAUCGCCUCCCCUGCCGGCCAGCGUGACCGUAACUGCACCACCAGGCGAAGACUCGCUGCCCGCGCACCCAACUCCCCACGACAGCAGCCUCCCCAUCUCGCCCACACGGCACUCCAGCAGCGACGUGGCCAGUUUCCGCCCCAGCCACGAGUACAGCCGACCCUCCUCGCAACAGCAGGGCUCACCGCGGCGCAGUGGCGAGCAGAUCUCAUCCCACAACGUCUCUCCUCUCAAUGGCAUGCCGCCCCCCAUUCCGCCCAAGACUCCCAUCCCAUAUCCAUCCGUUGACGAGAGCGUCUCCAUGCCUGCGCCGCUUUUCUCGCAACCACAUGUCCCCAUUUCCAGCGGCAAGGUGCGCCCGCCGUACCCCGUCGACGAGCCCCCGCCCGCCGUCAACCGGCAACGCAAGCCUAGCUACCAUGUGCGGUGA